AUGCAAACCAUUAACAACAUCUAUCAAAUUGGUAGCCGUAACAUCAACUUGGCUCAAUUCUUUGAGAAGCCAAUCUCAUUCUCCAAGUGUUUUUGUUUCAUUCUUGGCGCUUGCUUGUGGUAUGUCAUCACAACUGGAGCUUAUCAUGACUCUGGAUCCGGCUUCGAACGCCAUGUUUGCCUUUAUGGAGGUAGUUCAACAACUUGCUCUUUUGGUUCCGCUCUUGGAUUUUUUGCAUUUGUCGGUUCAGCAGUUGCUAUCUAUAUUGAUCUGCGUUUACCAAACGAGAGCUCUAUGCCAACUAAAAGACGCAUUAUGAAGAUUGACAUUUACAUAGCCGUUUCAUUUGCUUGCAUCCAUUUGCUGGCUUUCAUCAUGUUCUGGAGUAAAGUUGGCAAUUCCGUUCCGGACGAAGCCAACUUGAGCUAUGCCAAGAUAGGAAUCAUGAUAUCACUGUUUGCAUCAAUCGCAUGGGGCAUCACAUCUCUAUUGGCUUAUCGUCGCUUCGAAGAAUUCAAUCUUGAAAUUAAAAUAAACGAAUUGGAAAGUGACGGAAAACAAAAGCCUGAUGAAUCAUCGGUUGCCAAUGGAGUUGAUCCAGCUCAAGCCGCUAGCCCACAAGCUGUUCCAUUCACAGAUGGAUAUGGAUAUUAA